UAUGUUUCCUGUACUAGCACUUAAAUCAAUUCCAUAUAGAACCCAAGUCAACAGAUCAUAUUCUUCUCCUAUAUCUUUUCUCCAUCUCUUCUCUUCUACGUUUUUUCUUUUCCUUUUUUUUUUCUCCUCCAAUGGCUGAAGAAAAGAGCCAGGAAAAAUGGGAAGGAGAAGUCUCUGCUCAGUUGAAAGGCUCAAAAGCACGAGACGUUUGGCCUCUGGUUGCGGAUUUUUGCAGCCUACACAAGUGGUUCCCAACGAUCGACACGUGUCACCAAGUGGACGGUUCGGUCACCGGCGUUCAGCCGGGUGUGAUCCGGUACUGCGGUUCCACGGUAACAUCGCCCUCCGGCGAGACGACUAUCAAGUGGGCCAAAGAGAAGCUCAUAGAGAUCGAUCCAAUCCAACGGCGUCUGAGAUACGAGGUGCUUGGUAACAACGUGGGAUUCAAGUAUUGGGUGGCGAACAUGCAAGUAUUGCCGAUCGACGGUACUGAUGACGGGGGCGGGAGCGAGAUCAAGUGGUCGUUUGUUGGAGAUCCGGCUGAGGGUUGGACUUAUGAGAUUAUGUUGUCGUAUUAUGACUCUUCUCUCCAAUCCAUUGCUAAGAAAAUGGAAGAUGCUUUGAGCUCUCAGGUCUAGUUGGGGCGGCUGAAAAUGGUUUGACUCUUCUAUUCUACGAUAAUGAUGUAUUGUGUUUGGCUAUUUGUACUUGUCGUUCUUUUUCUUUUUGCUUCAAACCUGCGUGUCAUCAUUAUAAGUUGUAAUUUAUUUUGUUGUUUUCUUUGAAAUGGGCACGGAUCAUCUUUCUAAUAUUGGUGUCCAAAAUAACCCAAGGGUUAUAACAUUAACCAUAUCAAUAU